GGCAUGUGAUUGUGAGUGUACAUUGUGACAAUGGUACGUAUGUAGAAAGAGAUCUCUCGUGGCAUGUACCUAAGUCUCUAAUUCUCGCCUUACCUUGCCCUCACCCUGAUGGCUGCUUGAGAACGCCCAUCCCAUACCUCAGAUGCCUCUUCCCCUCAUUCCCUCACAAAUGACUCAAAAAGAUCAAUUUUAUGACUCAAACCUCAUCCUAGCCAUUCAUUCGUUUCAGGCCCCCCCUCUUGCUCUUCCACUGUCAUCGCAAAGAACCGUAGAUCCUCCACUCUGGGAAUACGCUAUGAUAUGCCCCAUCUUCCUCGUCGCGAUUUCCAUGGUUCUUUCCAGAAUUCACGCAUUGACUUGACAGGAACGUGGGAAUGAUGAUAGUCCAGGACGCCUUACGACGAACCAGCCAGCCAGCCUAGCCAGCCAUGUCAUCCGAGCAAGCCCGUUGUCAAGGCGGGCAAACAAAGGGAAAGAACAGACACCCGUGCCGUCCCUUUCCCUGUUCCUUUCCAUGGCAGAAAAACGAGUAAGCAAAAGCGAAGACCAGACUGCGCAAGACUGGUUCUUCAUC